UCUUUAAAUGAUUUCCAAAGGUAAUUCGAAAGGGGGUGCACGAGACGCUGCGCGUGCUCGUUCUCGUCUCGAACACUCCAAAAAAUUUAAGAAUUACAAAAGGUGGAUGUGUAACAGCCUGGAAGAUAAACUUAUCCAGUCUUCAUUCAGUCGUAAGAAUGUGAACGCCAGUGGAGCAUCUCCAUGCACCUACAUCCCUUCAAUUUCGAUCUUCUAUAAUGUUCCUGAAGACGGUUCCUCCGGCUGUGGCUAUACACUCAGAAUGGAGAUCCAGUAAGGGCUGCAGCCUGCCUCUCUUUUUCAAUGACAGUGCCUCCGACAGCGACCUUGCCUCUGUUAGUGGCACCCCUAUCCCACAGAAGAUCCAGAUGAUCAUUGAAAGCCUCCACUGCACCCAGUCUUCGGACAUGAGCGACAACGUCCCGAACGAAAAGGCUGCUCACUCCAGCCACGAGGCUGGCAACAAGGGUCAAGCAUGGCUUGUGGACAGAUCCCAGCGAAUAGAUGCUAAGCGUCAGACUGUUGUGUCUGAUACUGGAGAAGAUUCGGACAGUGACGAUUCUGUGGACAGGGGCAUUGAGGAAGCCAUUCAGGAGUAUUUGAAGGAGAGAGUGGACCACAAGCGCAAAGGGGAUCUGGUGACAAGUCCGUCCCCAGCGGCCAAACUUCCGCGGAGGGAACCGAAUGCGUCGGAAGUGGCUAAGCAACACACACAUUCCAGCGGUGGUAAAGUGCUAACUGCUAGCAAUCAUAUUCAGAGAGCCUCAACUGAAACGCAACCCUUGAAGAAGAAAGUCAAAAAGAAAAAGCUAAGCAAAGAAAAUCCCUUUAAGAAAGCAGAUGUGAGUACAGGAUUGCCUGUGAAGAGUCCUAUCCUGUCCAGAACAAAAAAAGGAUCGUCUUCAUCUUCAGAGAUGGACAGAUCUCCACCCCGUCUCAUUAUAAAGGAAGAAGACGAAUGGCCUGAUUCCAGCAGCGAUGAUGGAAUUGAACAGGAGAUCCAGAAAUUCCAGCAGGAGAAAAAAGUAAAAGAGGAAGAUGAGAAAGAAACAAAAUCUUCUCAACAAACAAAAGACUCUGAUUCCAGUAGCGAUGAAGGUAUUGAAGAAGCCAUACGUCUCUUCCAGGAAGAAAAACAUAAAACGAUGAAAUGUCUUCUGACACCUCCCCAACAUGUGCCUGCGCAACGUAGCAAACCAGCUGUCGUAUCUCCUGAAUGCACGAACACUCAACCUGUCAAAACGCUAUCCAAGAAGAACAAUAAGAAAAAACUGACAACUACCAAAUCUGAUCUCCCUGCCGCGCUGUCCGUAAACCAAUUUAUAAACGACUGCUCGUCCCAGGACUCUAAAGACUGUAUUGCGGCCCCUACCGACACGCAGGAGCGUCAGAUUCACUCCAGUUUGAAUGUAAACACUGCUGAGCUUCUGUGUGCUGAAGCCAUUCUGGACAUCUCGAAGACGGUCAUGCCUGAAGUCUUUGAUUCCAACUUGACCAUCGCUAACAGAGAUGUGCUUCAGACCUUUCCCGCUGCCGCGCCGUGCGACGAUAGAAGCAACGACAGCUCCGUCGACAGCGAGGAAGGAAUUGAACAGGAGAUCCGGAAAUUUCUGGAGCUCAAAGCGCAGAUGAAUAAAGAGCCUUCAGUUUGUUCUGGAGAUCCAGCAGCAGGCAAAGAGCCAAAGAAAAAGACGAAGGAAACCCAGCCAAGUAAAGCAAUCAGGCUCUCAUUAUCAAGGAAGCGUAAAAUUAAAGAGGAGCAAAGCAAACAGGUCACAGAUGGGGACGUUAAAGAGGAGCCAUCCAGGAAAACUUUGGCCCAUAGUGAAUCCACCACAUUGCAGAUUUCACUCCCUGAGCUUCCUGGUCCUCCAAGUGUGACAUCACAUCCAUGCAGUGUAAAAAACAACAAACCGAACCAAAACUCUCGUAAGGUUUCAGAGGAUACCGUACCCAAGGAUAAAAGUUGCAGUGUGUCCAGUCCACCCAAUGCUAUGCGGAUUGGCUCAGAGAGAUAUGACAGUAGCGACAAAAGCAGCUCAUUGGACAGCGACGAGGAUCUUGAUGCUGCUAUUAAAGAUUUGCUCAAAACGAAGAAAAAGGUUAAAAAGAAGGUGAGGGACAUGAAGGCAAGAAAAGGUCUCAGACCUUCAGAGACAUUCACUUUGGAUACUCUAAAAAAACACAAACCUAUCACAGAGCAGAAAACCAUCCCACCGGCUAAGACUGUCAAACCUACUGUUUUAAAAGUGGGUACACCGAAUGUCCAAACUAAAAGCAAAUCUGUUAAGAGCAGAUCAGAAGCAAAAAACACAGAUAGGGUAACAGGAAAUGAUCAAGAAAGUGUCUUACCCUCGUCCAUUCAACAUGCAGAUGAAGACGACAGCGAUGUUGACAGCGAUGACAGCAUUGAGCAAGAAAUCAGGAGAUUUUUAGCCGAGAGGGCCAAAGUGGCCACACCUGCAACUGUGAACGUCAAGCAGGAAGAAGGUGCUGAAGAAAUCCUGUCAAUAGCUACAGAGCGUGAUGUUAAAUCGGAGCAUGAACAGAUUCCCAUCGAAACUUCCACCUCUGGUAGACUUCAAGAUAACGAAACCCGAUCGGACAAGGAAUCCGCAGGCGUGCCUUCGUUUGCUCAAAGACAAACAGACUCGUGUGCAGAAGCCGAUAAGGGACCAGGCAGCUCUUGCAUAAUAAGUUUUAUGAAAACUGAAAAUGAAAAAACUGAGAUCUCCACCACAAGAGAUCCAAGGAAUGGCAGCUCUCAAAAAGGAAAAGACGGCUUGACCGGUAAAGGCACUCCAGUAAGUCAUAAUUAUCUUACGUCACCCUCUAUGAGCUCAAAUACGCCCCGGCCUUCGGGUCGUCAUCACCAGAACUUGUUUCUGAUGACGCCCUGUAUAAAUGAGCUAAAGAAACGUCCCUCAACCGACUGCAAUGAACUUCAGAGAAGACCGACCCCUAGGAUACCUUUGAGCGAGGUCAUCAGGUCUGUGUGUCCAUCGCCAUCUUCCAAAACAAAACCUCCCACUGACAAGCCUACAACGGGUGAUCUCUUCACCUCCACAACCCCUGGCGACAGGACAGAGGAGAUUUACUUACAUAAUCACACAAAGGACAAAAAAGACAGAUACUUGACUGAUAAAACCCCCAUUACCUCGCACUUGUACCAGCCAUCACCCCACCUGGGCGGCAGUGUCAUCCAGGUGCAACGGGACCAGACUGCCCACAAGACAAACCAAGUCACACACAAUGAGUCCAGAUCAAGUUUAGGAGUAAAACAAAGGGUGGAAGAUGAUAGGAAGAAUGAGAAAAAGCAGGAAGGGGAAAUGAAGGAAGAUGAGGAAGAGAAAUGUGUAGAUGAGACAGACGUAGAGUCAGAUGAGGACAGGAAAGAUGAGAAGAUGAGGGCAGAAAGACAGCAGCAUCAACCCAAUCAGAUUUGGUCAACCUGUAUAGAUCCAGGGAUUUUACCGAGUCCAUACAUUGCCCUUAAUACAGAGGAGAGGAGGCUGAAGUUUCAAAGCAGACGUUUUCAGGUUCAAAAACAGUUACAGUGUAGUACAUCGGUCAAACGGAGGUUACAGUUUGUGGUCAGUGUGCCCAGGUAAAUACACCUGUCUCCAUGCACACAGAUAAACUGAAGCAGGAAAAUCAAACAAAAGGAAGUUCUUGUGUUUCAAAGAAUGUUAUAUAAAGUGUAUUUAUUUUAAAUAUUAUAAUAAUUAUAACAAAAGAUGUUCUUUUUGUUUUGUACAUGUUUGUACAUAUUCUGCUAUGUUUUAAGUUUUAAUUUCUUGAAGUGUUCAGUGUUGUAAAAUU